UCACCCAGGUCCUCCAGGCUGCCAGUCUCCCAGCGUCCCCAGCUUUCCAGGUAGGGACGCCCCCUCCCACGCAGCGCGGUUCGCUCGGGUGGGAAGGAGGGGCUGGGCUCCGAGCGCCCGCCCCUCCAUCUAUCACAUGGCCGGAGAGCCACAAAAACAACAGCUUUGGCCAAGACCGUGACUUCAGGAAAGGGAACCCAGGGCUCUCGCAGCCAGCCCCCACCCCAUGGAGGAGAGUUUUCUUGAAUCCUUUGGGAGGCUGAGCCUCCAGCAGCAGCGGCCGCAGCAGAAACCUCGGCCGCCGGCCCCGCCGCCCCCGCGUGGGACACCUCCGCGCCGCCACAGCUUUAGGAAACACCUCUACCUCCUGCGAGGCCUCCCGGGCUCGGGGAAAACUACACUGGCCAGACAAUUGCAACACGACUUUCCCAGGGCCCUGAUUUUCAGCACGGAUGAUUUUUUCUUCAGGGAAGACGGUGCCUAUGAGUUCAAUCCUGACUUCCUGGAGGAAGCGCAUGAGUGGAACCAGAAAAGAGCCAGAAAAGCAAUGAGGAAUGGCAUAUCCCCCAUUAUUAUUGAUAAUACCAACCUCCACGCCUGGGAAAUGAAGCCCUAUGCAGUCAUGGCACUUGAAAAUAACUAUGAAGUUAUAUUCCGAGAACCUGACACUCGCUGGAAAUUCAACGUUCAAGAGUUAGCAAGAAGAAACAUUCAUGGAGUCCCAAGAGAAAAAAUACACCGAAUGAAGGAGCGGUAUGAACACGAUGUUACCUUUCACAGCGUGCUUCACGCCGAAAAGCCCAGCAGAAUGAACAGAAGCCAGGACAGGAAUAACGCGUCCCCUUCCAAUGGCGCACGAUACUGGAAUCCCUAUGCAGAGUUUCCCAACCGGAGGGCUCCUGGGGGCUUCACAAACGAGGGCUCCUGUAACAGAAGAGGCGGUUGUCACCAUGGAUAUUAGAAGCCUAUCUUACAGGCAUUCAAAAUUUUCCUAAAUCAGUUUUUACUGCCAAUUUUGGUAUUUAUUCUUUGUUCAGUUUUCAUCAAAGCUCUAAUUCCAGUGUAAAUAGUUGGACCUGAAAGUUUUUGAGCAGAAGCCAUUAUACUUCAUCUUCGCUGAGCAUUUGUUAGUGAUCCUGUAUGCAUGGUCCGACGCUGGGAAUUCGGCCGAUUUGAUUGUAAACAGAGUCUCUUUCUCUAGGGAAGCCAAAGAUUGGAAACUGAAACCUGAGAACGUACCCAAGCACGGAAGCAGUCACCUAAGUCUAAUAUGUAGAAGCUUUAGUACCACUUUCUCUGAAGGAAUCUAUUUUUCCAGGAAAUUCAUCUCCAUCAGGAAAGUUGGAAAAGUGGGGGAGAAGUGGGAGGCAGGAAAAAUGUUAGUGCCGUUGCUAUUCUGAGAAUCUGUGUAUCCUCAAAAUGUGCGAGGUGUGGCUGUCACGAUGAUACUGAUUUUCCUUUAAAACGCACAUGCCAGAGAGCAUACACCUAAGGGAAUGUUGUCCUUCUAAGUAGACACUUGGGGAAUUACUCCUUUAUUCUAGUGAUGUGUUAUUGUUAAAAAGGUCUGUCGGAUCCUUCUUUUAAAAAUUUUUUGAGAGACAGCAGAGCAAGAGAGCGAGAGUGGGGGAGAGGGAGAGAGGAUCCUAGGCAGGCGCCUCGCUCAGCACGGAGCCCACUGCGGGGCUCGAUCUCACGACCCUGAGAUAUGACCCGAGCUGAAAUCAAGACUCAGGUGCCUGACCGACUGAACCGCCCACGCGCCCCUGUCGAAUCCUUCUUAACAGCUCUACAAGCUGCUGAGGAAAAUCAGUGUCAUUAUUUAAAGUCACAUCUUGGUUUUAAAUUACCACUUUAUUGAAUAAGUUUAACCUGACUAACUUUUGGCUGUUGUGCUAAUAGUGUAAAUUAAAGAAGCCUGACUUUAUAAAACACCAAUUUUUAAGAGAGUUAAGCAGUUUUUAAAAUUAUGCCUGUUAAUAGACGUGUGUGAUACUUGGCUGCCCAAAUGUUUGGGAGUGCAAGGAAUUAAACAUCCCAAGAUAGAAAUCAUACAGGGGUAUGUCUAAGCCAUGCCCAUUGGAAGAUGACCAGUCUUGGUGUUUUAUGUGGCAUUAAGACAAUAAAGUUCUGCCACAACUCUGGAAUGUCCCUCUUAUGCCGAUACUGAAUCUAUGAUUCCAAAUUAAAUCUCAGCAGGUUAGAAUCAGAUUAAUUUGGUGUGAGACCAUGAUAAGUAAGACCAUGUAGGAUGUAUGCUUUAUUUCUUGUUGGCCAACAGCUUCUUUCUAAUGUUCUGUGAAAUAUUAUUUUAAGUGUCCUAUAUAAUGGUGCUUUUAUGGCUAUUAAAAAUUACAUAUGGUAUUG